UCAGAGAGGUGGAGGUGAAAAGCUUAUAGGGCGUAACAACAUAAAUAAAAAUGUGGAAAUAGAAGUUUGAAGUCACCAUAAGGAAGUGACACUCAGCUAAUAAUGGGAAGUACAUACAGUCUGAGUGUCUUAGAGGCUUUGAUAGCUGACGGCGUGAGAACAAGAGAAAGCAGACGAUACAGAGAAGCAUGAUGGCUGAAUUCAAGUGGACUAAAUGGACUAAAAUGUCUUUAUUUCUGAUGCUGGAGCUUCAGUUUAGAGCAACAACAGGACAAGAGUCCUUCCUCACUGUCAGAGUUGGAGAUGAAGCCACUUUGUCCUGUGAAAACAGGAUAAGAAAUCAGGACAAAUGUGACAGGACUAACUGGGUCUUCAGUCAAGGACGUUCACCAUCAGUAGAGCUGAUAAGUUCAGGGCAAAUUGGUGAAGAUGGCAAAGAUAGAUCAGACAGACUGAGUCUCACAGAGAACUGUUCUCUGGUUAUAAAGAAGGUCACAGAUGAGGAUGUUGGUCGUUACACCUGCAGACAGUUUGACAGAUCAGGACGACAACAAGGUCCAGAUGCUGUGGUUCAUCUGUCUGUUAUUAGCAUUUAUGAAGUCAAGAACAGUAAUAAGACGACAUUAACAUGCACCGUGUUGACAUAUGAACAAUGUACAUACACAGUGCAGUGGCUGAAUGUGGGUAAAAAGGAAUAUUUCAGAGAACUGCACAGAUCACAGAGUAUCUGCUCAGCCACUGUGACUUUGGAGACUGCUCAUCUGAAUCAGAAGUCAAAGCAUGAGGAGUCAUACAAGUGUAAUGUGACAGACAGUAGAGGUGGGAAACAGCUGCUGUAUAACUUCUCCUCUCAGUCCUCAUCUAUACCAAAUGGAAACAGAACAACAUCUCCAAAACAUGAAAACAAGGACCCAACAAAUCAACCAGCUGGUUCAGGUUGUUCAGCUCUGAACUCCAUCAUGUUGCUGAUGCGUGUGGCUGAACUCCUCCUAAUCACUGUGAUUACUGUUCUUCUGAUCAGAGCUCGAGGGAACCAGAGACCACCUGAUGACAACACUGUUUUAAACUCAGUAAGAAGCCGAGCAGUGACGCCUUCUGGUCCAGCAGCCAGUCAGGUGAAUGAUGAUGAUUGUACAGUGAACUAUGAAAACUUUGGAGAACCUUCUGUUUCUGUCAGACUCCGCUGAUCAACAACUUCUACAGCAACAUCGACUCAACUGAGCAACGAAUCCAUUCAUUCAUUCAUUCGUUCAUUCAUUCAUUCACCCAGCUGUCAUUGGGUGAGAAGAAAUGAAUCCACUGCCUUUAGAGAUACAAAGAACCAUAGAAAUGACUUUGAGAUUUUGGAUGAUUGAUUGGGUUUAGGGUUGGUGUAUCUAGUUGUGAUGUUGAGGUCAGUGUAAUAGAUUGGGGAGUGCAUAAGGACAGAGGUAUGUGUGUGAUUUCUAUAAUUCUCAGAGUUGUACAUAAAUAUUCAUAUCUUAACUUUCAAACAUCUUUUCCAGCAUCAGUUGUUAAACUGAUAGAAAGUAUCUAGACUUCAUGUUAAGAUUUACUGGUUGGUUUUGAAGUUGCAGCAGCUUGAGCUCAGUUUCAUGACUCAGUGUACAGAAGAAAUGAUUCUGAUUAACUUGCAGUUAGCCUCGUUGUUAUUUGUUUAGAGUCCAAUAUGUGUUUGGUUUGAAUGAUGUUUGACUCCUAAUGGAACAGUUGUCUCUUUAUUAUAUCUGAAAAUAUUAUAAUCUGCAAAUAAAGACAUCUUCAGCAUUU